GAAAAAUAAAAAGAAUGUUAUUUAAACCUGGAGAAAAUAGAAGAAUCAUCCUUGUGAGAGUGAUAAGUUGCCCUAGUCCUUGCUAGUGGUUGUUGAUGAUAUUAAGGAACAAAAUUGGAAGGAAAGAGAAAGAGGAAGAAGCAGAGAGAAGGGUGAGAAACUGAAUAGAAUCAUCGCAUGUUUUUCAUAUGAAAUUAUUAUCACUGUAAUUUCCUCUUCCUCCACGCAACCAAAAACAACAAAAACCCUUCCUUUUCCUUCUUUGUCUUCUCCGCUUAUUCAAUCACUUCCCCGACUUGUCUCAUCCUCUCAAAUUCUUCAACUUUCUCUACCUUUUCAGCGAAUUCUCUUUCUGGGUAUCCUUCACUCCCAUGUUUUCUCCUUAGUUCUAGAUACUAAUAUUGAUUCUGUCGUGUCUGUAGAACCUUGUCAUAAACAUUUAGGUCUUUGGGGCAUGGACUGGCUGUUUAUGCCAGCAGUCAGUGUCUGUGAACAAUGUUUAUCAGGCCAAGAGAUGCUAGUGCUUUUAAUAUAUUCAAAUGGAAACGUCAAGAUGAAUCAUCAGUGACAACAAGUUUACUUCAGGAUGUUCCACCAGAGAUUGAAUUGUCCGAUUAUAGAAGGAUCCCAAGUCCAGGUAGUGAGAGUCCUUCAGGGCUUCUUAAUGGUGAAAGCCUAAAUGUAGAACCAAUUGCUGAUUUGGAUCUCUUCUUCGAAAGACUUUACAGCUACUACUGUGAGAAAGGGCUCUGGUGCAUCAUUAUAAAGUGGAUUGUUGAACUUCUGAGUCUAGGAUUCACCAUAUGUUUUUCAGGAUUCUUUUUAUUAUAUGUUGAUUGGAAUGGGCUCCGUAAUGCAAAGUGUGGGAUGGAUGCUGUUGAAUCUGGAAUGAAGCCUUGUGAUCUUGCUAAGGAAGCUCUUCAUCCACACCCUUUGACCCCAUUAACAGUUAGCAAAGCAAUUAUUGUUGGAUACUUGGGAAUAUUUUCUAUAUAUUGGAUAUUUUGCUUCUUGAGAUUCUUUGCUCAGCUAAAGGAUACUUUGGAAAUCCGACAAUUCUAUUACAAUAGUCUUCAUGUUACUGAUAGUGAAAUUCAAACUAUGCCCUGGGCUACAAUUCUUGAAAAGGUUGUUCUUGUGCAAAGCUCACGACAACUCUGUGUGGUAAAGGAUCUUUCUGCUCAUGACAUGGUGAUGAGAUUGAUGCGGAAGGAAAACUACUUGAUUGGAAUGCUCAACAAGGGCGUGCUUGCUUUCCCCAUUUCUCAGUGGGUCCCAGGUGCUGGACCUUCAGUAAAAUCUGGUACUAAUGGAACACAAUAUCGUUUAAUACUAACCAAGCCCCUUGAGUGGACUUUGAACUGGUGCAUCCUGCAAAGCAUGUUUGAUCGAAACUUUUGUGUCAGACGGGAUUUUGUGUCAAAUCCAAAGACAUUAAAGAAAAGACUUAUGGUAGUUGGGAUUGUGAUGCUUUUACUUUCUCCAUUUCUUGUCAUAUUCAUGCUGGUAUAUCUUUUUCUGAGGCAUGCUGAACAAUUUUAUAACCACCCAAGCACCGCAUCAUCUCGAAGAUGGUCAAAUUUGUCAAGAUGGGUCUUUAGGGAAUUCAACGAGGUGGAUCAUCUGUUCAAACAUCGGAUUAAUAGCAGUGUAUUACAUGCUUCUGACUAUCUCAAGCAAUUUCCUUCACCUAUCAUAUCUAUCAUUGCAAAAUUCAUUUCAUUUGUAUCGGGUGGCUUUGCUGCAAUUCUGAUCAUCAUUGCUUUUCUAGAGGAGUCUCUGCUUGAGGGUCAUAUAUUUGGUCGCAACUUGCUGUGGUAUGCUGCUGUUUUUGGAACUAUAACUGCUAUUAGCCGGGCUGCAAUUACAAAUGAGCUUCUGGUAUUAGACCCUGAAGGAGCAAUGUCAAUGGUAGUUCAGCAUACACAUUAUAUGCCAAAGAGAUGGCGGGGCAAAGAAAGUACUGAAAUGGUCCGAAUUGAGUUUGAAACCUUGUUCCAGUAUACCGGGAUGAUGUUACUUGAGGAGAUGGCCUCGAUUUUCCUUACACCAUACUUACUUCUGUGGGUUGUCCCUAAGAGGGUUGAUGAUAUCUUGCAGUUUAUCUCAGAUUUUACUGUGGAUGUUGAAGGUGUUGGUCAUGUUUGCAGUUUCAGCGUCUUUAAUUUUCAAGAUCAUGGAAACAGUAAUUAUGGCUCCCCAUUUAAUGCUCCUCGCAACCAGAGAAGUUCCCAGGGGAAGUUGGAGAAAUCAUUUUUGAGCUUUCAGAGCAGUUACCCUUCAUGGGAACCAAAUGCUCAGGGGAAGCAAUUUUUACUGAAUUUGAGAACAUUCAGAGAGCAAAAGUUAGCAGGACAUGCAAACAGACAUGAAUUUUCCCCCCUCAGACUGUGGAGAGGUAGUCCCAACAUGGGAAGCAAUGGAGAGAGAAACAGGUUUAUAUCCAGGGACAUGCCAUAUAGUUCUUUUGUUCCUGGCAAUCACUUGGGUUCAUUGUGGCUAAUUGAAUCCAACAAUCAAAACAAUCAUCCCUACCUUCUUGAUUGCUACUAUACUUCCCAACCUCAUAACGCAACGACUUCAAGAGAUGCUCCAACAGAUCCAUUUGAAUCAUUUGAAGUACAUGAGCAUCACCCCCCCAAUUGGAACUUGCAACAAAAUGAACAUGUGUAUGAAGAACAGUAUUGUGAUGAACGGGCCACUUCCCAUCUUGAGGCUUCCACAUCAGCUCCCAUCUUCAGGGAAAUCCUAAUUCAAGAUCAAAUUUCCAAUGAUCUGCCACGCACUAACAGGAGUCAUUGGUGGGCUAGAAGUCACGCGCCAAGUGGACACGGUCAGACAAGCUUUUUUGAGCCACCAGAUUUCAAUCACCAAAGAUCAUACAAUUACUAUGAUAAAUUUUCUGAUAGAGGAUCUGAGGAUCAAGAUCAGGAACAACACUUGCACUGGAGAGAUUCUAACAAAUUGUCUAGUACAGCACACACGGAUGAUUUAGAAGCAGGAGGAUUCAAUCUUCUUUUUGAUGAUAUUUAUAGCAGACCUCCAGAAAUUCCCACUAUAAAUCCUAGAACUUCUAGCUUUUGAAAUGAUGGCUUUGUCCUCCAUUAUUUAUUUGGGUGGUUCUUGCUUCAUGAAUGCAGGAGUUUCCAACUCAUGAUUGUCCUGUCUAUAUUACUUGUGUGGAAAGUGGAAACUAUUCUUUGCUGUAUAUAGAUUCAUUGACAUGAGGUUAGAUUGUUAUGAGCCUCAGCUUGUUUUUAGAAGGACCCGGAUAGGCUAAAAGGGUGGUGGUUCUGGGCCAACCUUCAACUUUUAAGAACCUUUUUUUUAAAUCUUUUUCCAAUAAUUCAUUUUAUUCAGCGUUCUAAUCCAUUCCCCAUUUUCU